AUGUGUGAUCCUGUCAACGAAUUGGCUCUGCUUACUCUGGGCACGAAGGUAAUCAAGAGCUCGGAUGGCUUGUCUAAGUCCAAGAAGCGCAAAGAGCGCCUUAAGCGCAAAAGAGACUUGAAGCAACAGGCUGCUCAACAGGAGGUGCGAACUCAACUUGCGCUUUUGAAGAAAGAGAAGGAAGAUGCGCAACAACCCUUCCGGUUUUUGGACCUCCCCUAUGAUAUUAGACUUAUGAUAUACAACAUUCUGUACGUCAGACCUGUCUGGAUCCGACCGGCAGUCAACUUCUACCGCCAUCGUCCUUCGGCUGCUCUAACAGUCAAGUAUUCUGUCUACAGAUAUCAAUGGGGAUGUCAGCCGCAAGAGCUUCCGCAAACGAGUGAUCGCGAUUUACCCACCAGGGAGGGAGAACGACGAGCUGUCGCGAUAAGCUGGUCAGACGAUCCCACUCCAGCGCAACUCAAGGCUUUAGAGAAUGGGGCAACAUGGCUACCGGAUACAAAGAUAGCGUCAAACGAUCGUAGUAAUAUCAGCAACGACGUCAGCUAUGGUACCAUCAGAAUAUCGCAUCAGCAGCUCCUUUACAUAUCAGGCUUCUUUGGUGUAAGGCUGCUCAGGACUUGCAAGCAGCUGCGAGAGGAGGGAACCCAGAUUUUAUAUGGAGACAACAAAUUCUGCUUCGAUUUCGACCUGCGUAACAGGUAUAGCUCCACUCGUCAUCCUCAAAACUCGGAUCACAUUCCAGGUUUCUCAGAUGAUGAGGGACGUAAGCCAUCCGAGGAAGAGAUAAACAGAGAUCUUGAUCGCUUAUUCGAUAAGACGUGUCACCAUUCUGCAUUUGUUUGGAGAGACCCGUUGCUACACUUUCUCACCAGGAUCGGGCCAUACAAUGCUAGAAUCCUCAAGUCUAUCAAGUUAAGCGGAAGUUUUAAGACAUUAUUUCCCAUGUAUCGACUCGGCUGCUUCGAAGAUCGGCUUCCUAUCUACACAACUGUACUUUCCAGAGUAUGUAGCAACCUUUGCCGACUUUACAUUGAAGCAGAUAUACCUUCUGAAAUAUUUGGGCCAGGAACUUUGUCAUGGUGCAUUAUUAGACAUGAUACCAAUCUCGAGUUAACCGAGUUAAGUGAUCACGAAAUGUUAUACAAUAUCAUUGGCACUCUGGUAGAAGAUCUCCCACAACUGACCAAGCUCCAUCUUGGCUGGAGUGGAGAUGAGACAAAGGACAUGGUUUGGGAUCAUACACAGCGGUCAUAUGAAGAGUCGCUAUGGGGAGAUGCUCUGGAAUGGGUAGAUAUUGUGGCGGAACGUGCCGAGCGUGGUGGGGUUGUCUUGGACUCGAACGUCAAACCCGUGGAAACCCCAAGGAUAUCGACGAUGAUUCAAGAGAAAGAGGAAGAGAAUGUUGGCACGGGUGAAGCUAAACAGCCAGCUACCUCAAGUCAACAGCCUCUCCUGGAAGGUUCUUGAACCUUCGAUGGGCUCACCAACGUUUGGAAAUGUUCUCACUCUCUGUUUG